UCCACCUCCUCUCCCUCUCCUACCUGUCUCAACUGGGCGUGUUUUUCUUCUUCUUCUUUUCUUCUUCUUUUUUUUUUUACUUCCGAGGGACCUUUAUUCCCCAAUUCAUUUCGCUUGAAAAGAAAUAUUCUAAGAAUAGUUCGCCGGCCGACAACUUAAAGCUGAGGCCAUGAUCAAAGGGUCAGCGAUAGAAGAAAAACCAUGGCAGCUGGCUAUCCAGGUGGAUCAGAAACAAGGCGACGAGUCCAUGAAGUUCAAACUCAGCGUGACAGGUGACUUGCACAUCGGAGGACUCAUGCUUAAGCUGGUGGAAAAAAUUAAGACUCAGCAGGACUGGUCCGAUCAUGCGCUGUGGUGGGAACAGAGGAAAUGCUGGCUGCUCAAAACUCACUGGACAUUGGACAAAUGUGGGAUCCAGGCUGAUGCCUUUCUGCGCUACACUCCCCAGCACAAACCACUGCUGCUGCAGCUGCCCAAUAUGAAAACCAUCAGAAUGACAGUCUGCUUCUCCAGUAUGGUGUUCAAGGCAGUGGAGGAAAUCUGCAGAAUUCUCAAUAUCAGAAGAUCAGAGGAACUCUCUCUGCUGAAGCCUCCUGAGGAUUGGAGCAAGAAGAAAAAGAAGAAAGACAAGAACUCUCCUCAGGAGGACCUCUGGGACAUAUGGGAUGCACUUAACGUAGGACAGGGAGGAACAGGCCCUAUGUACAAUAAGACGAUGACAGCAACCUAUGACCCAGAGAACGGGAUGCCCGUGUCUGCCACCAGCCUAUGGUUUGGAGAAAACCCCUUAGCUGAGUCGCAGCCAAACCUACCGCCUGCAGAGCUGGCCAAGAUAUACAAGCCGCUGUCGCUUGUGGACAAAGCAGAGAACAACGGAGGGUGGCUCGACUCGUCUCGCUCACUCAUGGAGCAGGACAUUCAGGAUGAUGACAAGCUGUUACUUCGCUUCAAGUACAAUGUCUUCUUUGACCUCAACCCUAAAUAUGAUGCUGUCAGGAUAACCCAGCUGUACGAACAGGCCCGGUGGGCCAUCAUGCUGGAGGAGAUAGACUGCACCGACGAGGAAAUGCUGAUGUUUGCUUCUUUACAGUAUCACAUUUGCAAACUGACCAUGUCAACUGAGCCGCUGGACAACUCCAGCGAGCCAGAAAUCGAUGAAGUGGAGGCUGCCCUGUCUAACCUGGAGGUGACCCUUGAAGGUGGACACACAGACCGAAUUCUGGAGGACAUUACCGACAUUCCAAAGCUGGCAGACACCCUGCGGCUUUUCAGGCCCAAAAGAUUGACCCUGCGACCAUACAAAGAGUAUUGGUUUGUGUUCAAGGACACCACUAUCUCCUAUUUUAAGAGCAAGGAAGCCUCCAGUGGAGAACCAAUCGAGCAGUUGCAACUUCGAGGAUGUGAGGUGGUCCCAGAUGUCAAUGUCACAGAGAAAAAGUUCGGCAUCAAACUCCUGCUUCCAGUCGCCGACGGGAUGAAUGAAGUGUAUAUCCGAUGCGAUAAUGAAACACAGUAUGCUAAGUGGAAAGCUGCAUGUAUCCUCGCCUCUAAAGGCAAAACAAUGGCAUACAGCUCCUACAAGACAGAAGUGAAAAACAUCAUGUCGUUUUUGCAAAUGAAGAGCUUGGCGCCCCCUCCUGGUCAGGCGGCUCCAGACCUUGAUGCCAUGGAAAUGAAUGCAGAAUGUUUUGUUUCCCCUCGCUAUUCCAAGAAGCACAAGACCAAGCAGCUGACAGCGCGGAUCCUGGAGGCCCAACAGAACAUAGAAAAGCUGUCCUUGAUAGAGGCCAAGUUGCGCUUUAUCCAGGCCUGGCAGUCUCUUCCAGAAUUUGGCAUCAACUACUACAUUGUCAGAUUCAAAGGUAGCAAGAAGGAUGAAAUUCUGGGGAUUUCAUAUAACCGCAUGAUUCGUAUUGACAUGUCCUCUGGCAUGCCUGUCACCACAUGGAGGUUUGCCAACAUGAAGCAAUGGAACGUCAACUGGGAAAUAAGACAAGUGACCAUAGAAUUUGACCAGAACGUGAUAAUAGCCUUCUGCUGUGUGAGCUGCGACUGCAAGGUGGUCCACGAGUUCAUUGGUGGUUAUAUCUUCCUCUCCACCCGAUCAAAAGACCAGAAUGAAACACUAGAUGAAGAAUUGUUCCUUAAACUUACUGGAGGCCAAGAAUAACCUAAGAGAUACAUGAUUGUCCGUUUCGUACUGACGUUCUUGUUCAUAUUAGCAUGAAACUACCACUACAAUAUUAACUAUAAGCCUCGAACAAACUGCUGCAAAAAAACAUCACAGACACAUAUUGUCCUUCACAGAACCAUUUAAUGGGUUUUACCACUUUUUUUGUCAUUUAUGCACGAAAUAAUGUUGUCAAUGUAAUUAUGUUUGGAUUGUCUUUCUAAAACGAGUGGAUGAGCUGAUGCGUGAGAAGCUAGCUCUUUUUUAAUGUCAAAUAUUUCUUAAAGUGACAAAAUUUGAAAACAUCGCAAAGCCUUAAAUUCAAUUAUGUUCCAUUCUUCUUCAAAAUGUGUUUAUUUUCUUUUGUUCAUCAGUUUUGUUGAGCUGUGUUUACAAUGAUGAAAUAUAAAAUGUCUUCUACUACGUA